AUAUGCAUCGGUAAAAUGGGUUCUAAACCUGUGCUAUUAUUUGGUAUUACCAUUCUCUUGAUUUCAUCUGUUGUUGGUGAUGAAUUCAAGGAGGAAAUAUUCUUCAAACCUUUGCCUCCAACUCAUCUGUAUUCCUUUUUCCAAUUUGUGACUUUAGUAAAUAGCGGAUUUUCAUAUGAACAUUCCCACUUGUCACCCAGAUCCCUCGGUGAAAUAAUAUCACGAUUUCAAGUAGAAGAGUUGCAUUUAACUUUAACUGAAGGACAAUGGCGGCAUCAUCAAUGGGGUUACCCUGUACUGGAUGCAGCCCCAGGCGCGGAACUAUACGCUUGGUUUUCACCUGACAUUCGAGACAUAGACACCCAAUGGCGAAAACUGAGUGCUACACUUUCUGGACUAUUCUGCGCUUCUCUGAACUUUAUAGAUAAUUUCAACACAGUUGUACCACAAAUGGCUUUAUCACCUUCAGGUGCUUUUAAAAGUACUCAGAAUGUUACAUCACUCUUACGAUAUGCUUCAUUACCUAGGGAAAUGGUCUGUACUGAGAACUUAACCCCUUGGAAGAAGCUGUUGCCCUGUGAAUCAAACCGUGGUUUCUCUGCAUUACUUAAUUCAAGAAUGAUUCAUAACACUAACUAUCAUUCCAUAGGUGUACAUGUGAGAAAGAAAUGUGCAUCUAAAGAUUGUACAGAAACAGAACUUGAAAUAAAGCAAACAGUUGCUCUUGUAUAUGACUAUAAAAUCAUAGAGAGUGCAGACUGGUCCUUUAGAAGACUGUUUGGGCAAGGCUUACCUGGUGCUUGUCCACUCUCAUCGUCCAGCAAGGUUUAUGUGGAUAUCUCCUCUAAUAGUACACAGCCUUUUACAUUACACCCACCACCAAAUGACAUUGUUAUAUCCAACAGGGGAGGCAGUGAGGUCCAGUUAGCUGUAUACAACAUAAAUGCUGAUGGUCAAAUGAUUAACAUAUUUUCAAAACAUGAUAAAUUAAACAAACUGGUUGUGACUACACCACCUCCGUUAUAUUUUAAUCGCUAUGUUUUAGGAUAUGGUAAGGAAUUUGGUGGUAUUGUCACAGAGUUGGUUAACAAUCAUUGGACAUCUAUAAAUGUUGUUGUGUUAGAAAAUGGACCUUGGUGGUUACCUAUUCAAUUGAGUUCAUUGAGAAUAAAUGGUGAAGCUGAAAGUAAGCUAGUUCUUUCACAGUAUUAUUCACCAGGGCGCAGUAGACAAAAACCAUAUCACUUGGAACUUUUACUCAAAUUGCCUCCAAGAUCUACUACAACAAUUACAGUGGACUUUGAAUUUGUAUUCUUAAAAUGGCAAGAAUACCCCCCUGAUGCCAAUCAUGGAUUUUAUAUUGGCUCUGCAUUAAUUGCUGCUAAUAUGCCAACAGCAAGAAAUUACACUAGUUUGCCAAUUACUGGCAGUACUUUUGAUUCAAUAGUGAAUGCUUCUAUGCAAUGGUACCCUAUUCUGUUUCGGUCUAAUGGUGCUAUGGUUUCCCUACCUACUCCAGACUUUAGCAUGCCCUACAAUGUCAUCUGCCUCGCCUGCACUGUUGUGGCCCUUGCAUUUGGCCCUCUUCACAACAUUUGUACCAAGGAGUUAGUUUUAAAGCCGGUUGGAUCUCCAUUGUCAUUACGUCAAAGAAUUAUGAAUUUGUUCAAGAGAACGAAAGAAUAAGUUUUGCCUGACUUUCUGCCUGCACAAAUGUUACCAAAAAUAAGAACACAUUGACUGACAAAUAAUUUUAAUGUAUGUUUGUAACAUAGAAUAUUAUGUAAUGAGAUUAUACAGAGUGAAAUUUAAUUUAUUAAAUAAUUUUCGAGAACAACAGUACAUGAACAACUGUUACUAAAAGAUUAUCUCUGUAUCAACCCAACAUCUUACUAUUGGGUACAUGUCUUUCAGGAAAGCGUUUAGGGUUUUGUUCAUUAUGUGGCCCAAUUGAAUGGGGUUUGGAAUUUUACAAGUCUAAAGAGCUUAGUUAACCUCCAACAUACAGGUUUCAUUGCAAUAUUUUCUUUGAUUGUUUUAGUGAAAAUAUAGAAAUUAUAGUCUGAUAGAGGUAGAAAAUAUUGUUCGAAGAAGAUUGCAUAUUUGGGUGAUAUUUGAAAGUAUUACUUAACAAAAUAAAUGUCAUAAAUACAUAAUAAUCCCUAGUCUAAUGAAUAUUUUUUUCAUAAACGAAGCCACCAAAGUGACAAUAUGAUAAUUAAAUUUUUAUUGAUUUGAUAUUCAAUUAUUUUUUGUGAAAUUACUCCAUUAGUUUGUUAUAAUUAUUAAUACAAAGAUCGAACACUCAAAAAACAUUCCUUCGAUCCGGUCGGACUCG